AUGGCACCACUCCCAGCUACACUCCUUUCCCUCCUCCCGCGAAGCUUCUCCACCUCUAUAUCCGAUCUCUCAGUCAGCUCCCUCGAACCUGAAGAACACGCGGCUCGCUCCCCAAUGUACAUUCACGACCUCCACCGCCGAGCGACCACGGUCUCGCGUAUUCCCCCUGGCUCAGGCGCCAAAGAACCCACCGCCUUCAACAACCAAGCCUUCCUCGCGUUGUUCGCCCUGAUCGCAGCUGGCAUGGUUGUGGCAUCCAUCUGGUUCUUCUUCUGGGCCAAGAAUGGAGGAUUCGUGUGGCGGAAGGGGGAUUGGGAUGACUACAAGUCUACCGUGCUGCGGCGCAAGGGCCCGGAUGGCAAAACACUGUCCAACGCGACGAAGAGCACGAAACUCGGUGGAGGUAGUGUGGUCGGCGGUGGCAGCUACGGUGCCGAGAGCAGCGUUGGGUACACAGAUGAGACAGGCAGCGCCUUCACGUCCAAGACUGAGAUGCGCGAAAUGCACACCGGCGACAACAUGCGCGGCGGUGGUGCGCGGUACACCGGCGACAACCGGCAGAAAGACCGCGACCAGCGCCGCGCCGAACGACAGAAAGACCGCGAGCUGCGCGAGUAUCAGCGCGAGAAGCCGGCUCGGGUCGGUGGUCUGAAUGGACAGCAUGAUGGCAGCCACUACGACUACUCGAACGCGUCCGACCUCUCCCAAGCGCAGCGACCGCUGACCGCUCCUGCCGGCGCUCCGAAGGAUACGAAGCGGGCCCAGAAAGAGCGCGAGAAGCGCGAGAAGGAACGUCGGCGCGAAGCCAAGGUUGCCGCCAAAACUGCCGCCGCCAACGCAAAGAAAGACAAGGCGGCCGAGGCGGAGCGGAAGAAGGAGCAGCAGAAAGCGCGCAAGGCGCCGAAGGACCUGACAUCUCCAUCCUCGCCCUCGAAUCAAAACCUCGUCACUCCCAGCCGCGACACCGCCGCCUCGCCAACCAAGGCCAAUGACCGUCCCCGCCGCUCCGCUCCCAGCAACGCCUACUCCUUCACGACUGGUGACGACACCGGCACCGUCUACACCGCCCCCUAUACCGACGCCUCCUCCGCCCAGCAACAAGACUCCUACUACAGCUCCUAUCGCCCGCACGCCGAGUCCCCCACUAAAGCCCCCCGAACUUCUCAAUCCCGCUCGCGCCAGUCCUCGCCGCGCAAACACCACUCCCGCCCGCACAACCACGGCGAAGGCAGCCGCAGCCGCCACGCGAGCCGCUCGCGUACAGAUCUGAGCUCCGAUCUUGGCACCAAGAGCUACCCGUGCUACAUCCCUGGCGUGUCGAGCAGCCGCGGCGAGGGCAGUCUGGCGCCGGACGAGAGUAUUAGCCAGGUUGGGGCGCCGGGGAGGAGGCAGCGGGAUGUUAUGGAUGGGUAUCGGAGGGGCCGGGGAAGGGGGAGGAGGGAUAGCUUGAGCGAUUCUGGGGAGGAGUGA